AUGUAUUUAGUUGUCGCUACAUUCCUCGUUGGCUAUUAUACUUAUAAAUGGAUAAUUUAUCCAUUAUAUUUAUCUCCUUUAUCCAAAAUUCCUGGUCCUCGUCCUGACCAUUUUCUGUUGGGAAAUUUCUUGGAAAUUAUUAACCCUACGGGCGGGAUUCAUUGGGCAGAAAAAUAUGGCAAUGUAUAUAGGUGUUAUGGAUUAUUCAAUGAACCAAGGGUUUAUAUUCUUGACGAAAACAAUAUUCAAAAGGUACUUGUUACUGACACGUAUACUAAAUUUAGAAGAAAGAAAAUUAUGGGAUAUUUAAAAAAGAUUAUUGGAGAAGAAGGUAUUUUAGUGGUAGAUGGUGAUGUACACAAGAAACAACGUAAAUUAAUGAGUCCAUCAUUCAGUAAUCAUAGUAUUAGGGAUAUGAUUCCGGCAUUUACAAGGGUUUCUAAUACAUUGAAAGAUAUAUGGAAAGAUGAAAUAAAGAAUAGUCAAAAUGUUAAUAAUGAUAUUGGUAAAAAAAGUGCAAUAAUUGAUGUUGGUUGUUAUAUGGGAAGAGUAUCUUUGGAUGUUAUUGGCAUAGUUGGGUUUGAUUCUGAAAUAAAUUCUUUGAUAGAAUCAUCAAGACUUGCUGACUCAUUAGCCACUCUUUUUGAUAACAAAUAUGGGGUAGCAUUUAAUUUAUUAUCAAUUGCUUUGCCCAUAUUGAGAUUGUUGCCAUUAAAAAUAAAUCAAGAUAUUGAAAAUGCUUCAAUUGAAAUUGAAAAAAUUACAAGGAAAUUGGUUCAAAAUAAAUUUGAUGAAUUGAAAAAAGGUAAAUUGGAUAGCAAUGAUUUGAUAAGUGUUUUGGUGAAAGCUAGUUAUGGACAGGAAAUAGAUAAAAAUGAACAAAUGAGUUUUGAAGAAAUAAGAAAUCAGAUUAUGACAUUUUUGAUAGCAGGACAUGAGACAACUGGUGUUAUGAUGAUUUGGAUAUUGUAUUAUUUGUCCAAGGAUCAAGAAAUUCAAGAUAAACUCAGAGAAGAGAUUGUUAAAGAAUUUCCUGAUAAAGAUUCUGAGCUAAAUUUUGAUCAAAUCAAUUCCAUGGAAUAUUUAAAUGCAGUUUGCAAAGAAACUCUUAGAAUUGUCCCUCCAGCUACAUUGGUGAGUCGUAUAGCAAAUGAAGAUGUCAUGAUUGAUGAGUAUCUUAUUCCAAAGGACACAUCAAUUUAUAUACCAAUUUAUCAAAUUCACCAUUUGGCAUCAAUUUGGGGUGAUGAUGUUGAAAAAUUUAAUCCAUCGCGCUGGUUUACAGAAAAAGUUAAAGGUUUUUCUCAUUACAAGCAUCUGCCAUUUUCAGCUGGGCCAAGAUCAUGUAUUGGUAAUAGGUUUGCAUUGAAUGAAGCAAAAGUUGUCUUGUGCAUUUUAUUAAGAAACUUCCAGUUCCAUGAAGUUGAAGGUUUCAAAGUUACAACUAAAGCAAAUAUUACUCUUAGACCUGAUCCUACUGUGAAGUUGUGGGUCAGUGAAAUUGAUUAUUAA